AUGGCUUCAGACUAUGAGCGAACGAUUCUGGAUUUCUAUCAGCUUCCUACACCGUACCCUAACGAGUGGCCUGCCGAGAAGGACCAGAGUGAUGCAUCCGAUGACGACGAAGACGUCAAAGAUGAGAAGAAUGCGAAGCUACAGCGCCGCAAGUCACGAUACCAAGCACUAGAAAGAGCCGUCAGCGAUCGGCGGAGCAUAAUACCUGGGUCUCAGUCGGAGAAGGGAGGCAUCGGUAACAUCGUCCAGCGAGACGAGCCAGAUCCCUUGGGCACUACCGACAGCGUUGUUAGGACUCUCCGCCAGCUAGGAGUUCCCAUCCAAGAUGAUCCGCGCCUGCGUAAUCGAUUCCUUCUGUCAUCCACCACCUUUUCCCCCGCCCUGUUUCUGUCUCAGAUGCACGCAACUGCCGAUACUCAAAGCUUACUUGCUGGUCUGGACACUCUGUCACAGUCAAUCGACCAAAAGUCUGCGUCACUCAAGGUCCUGGUAGAGACCAACUUCGAGCGCUUCGUCAAGGCCAAGGCCACUAUAGAUAAUGUCUACAGGGAGAUGAAGUACCGCGGCGCCGAGCCACCCCCACCGCCUACAACGGGUCGCGCUCGUGCUCACUCCCGCCACGCCAGUCGAAGCAGCUUCCGAGGCAGCAUCAGCAACUUGAACCUCGCUGCUUCCCUAGGAACCCCAGCGUCGGAUGCGCGCAAAAAGAACGCGCUGAUUAAGGAAAGCGAAUACGGCGUCGCAGGAAUCAAGGCACCUCUGCUGGACGUUUCCGCCAAGGCAGAAGAUGUGUGGGGUCCGGCACUGGGAGGCCGUGACAAGGAGGAGAACCUCAAGGUCUUGUCUGCCAAUAUUGAUCAAUUCAAGGACUAUGUCGAGCUUAGCUCGGCCAUCUCCGACAGCAUCAAGCGGAGGGACUAUGAGAGUCUUGUGGACGAGUACAACAAGGCGCGCAAGUUUUCCGACAAUGCGCGGGCCCUCGCCACGACCAUUUCUACCGAGGCCUCGUCAGAUACAAUCUACCAGAUUGUUCUUGCAGCACGCAUGUGGCACGAUGUGGAUGAGCAGAUUCAAGCUUUCAAGCGCGACGUCUGGCGGAAGCUCGUUACCCUUCAUGGUGUGUCCAAGUCCGACAAUCUGGGCCAUCAGGAUCAGCACAUGGAGCUGAUCAGUCUACUCCUGGAAUUGGGCGUGGACGACAAUCCGAUUUGGGUCUGGCUGCUUAGUCGGUAUGACCAUCUCAAGGGAAAGAUCCAAUCGACGUCUGAUCGCUCCAAAGUCGAAGUCGAGGUAUUGCGACGACGCCUUGCCAACGCCGACAAGCCUGGCUCGCACACGGUCGCUUCCCAUCUCCGUUCUCUAGGUCAGACCACUGUUGAGAACAAAAUCGCGUCGGCCGACUCUGCCGACAUCAUCGAGCUAUGGGAAAAGAUGUUAGCAUUUCUAUCGAGUAUCCUCUCCCCGCAAGGCAUUCUUGGUGAAGUCGUGGAUUUUUGGCAGAUCAUACAGGGCUUCAUGGAUGGCAAGAUACAGCGCACGUUGCCCCUAGGUUACAACGGAGAGUCGCAACGCCAUCACCAGUUCACGGAACAGGGCGCAGACGAUCUACAGAAGGGCACGUUGGAGCUUGUCGACAUGAUUCGCGAGACGGUGUUCGCCUUCUUCGCAGGGCCACCCCCGGAGGAUAUCUCGCUGUUGUUCUCGCCUCUUCCACUGUCACCAAUGAGUCCAUCCGCUAGUGCCGGAAACCUUUCACCCAGCGGAUUGAGAGAUCCUCGUCUCAACCUCGACCCCAACAACAUCCCGCCACCGUCACCCAAGCGUGGUGAGACAUGGGAAAAGCUAGCUUUCUGGCCUCCAUGGUCGAACUCAGUCAGUGGCGUUCAUUACCUCUCCAAGAUGCUCGCCCUGGUUGGCUCCGGUGCAUCCGACUUGGCGAGUAUCGGUCCGGUUCUCAACGGACAGGAUGUCAGCGUUCAGGACAGACUCAAGUCUCUCGUCAACGUUGCCAGAGAGCGAUGCGUCAUUGCUCUUUGCGCCGCGUGGAACAAGGACGCCGAAAACAUCAAGUUUGUCGAAGAUUGGCACCGGUCACCGGAACUCGGUGAUCUAACCCGCAUGCCCUCAAGCUUUUCCGCUUUCGAAGGCGCAUUGCUCGCUGGCAUGCAGAAGAUUCUUUACAUAUCUGAAGCCAUGUCUAAACCUGGUGCGGGGGAUAUUGUCCUCCCACCACCUAACAAACUCUUGCAGAUGGUCAGAAGCCAGUACGUCACGACGCUCUAUAAGGCGUUGAGUGGCAUGGUGGAAAACGCGGAACGAUCCGUCAAGAAGGCCGACGAUGACUGGACUACGGAUACGGACGGUGCUAUUGUCGCCACCGCCGGGCCUGCUCCCAGUGGCGGAAGAGCGACCCUUGAUGCCGGAGACAGAAACGUCCGCAUGCUCCUCACUCUCAGCAACCUGCAGGCCCUCCGGGCCAAGGUGGUCCCAAGCCUAAAUUCGCAAUUUGAGAACGCCUUUUCGGUGAAGCUCAGCGACGAAUCCAAGACGAUCAAAGAUGUUCUGGGUCAGAUUGAUGCUAGGCUCUUCCAGUCUUAUACUCGGCCAUCUAUUGAACAGCUCCGGACCAUUGUCCGGACCGGAGUCACCUCUCCGGAUUGGAGUCCCGAAUCUGGCCAAAAGCCGUCUGAAGCGAGACCCUAUGUCUACGAGGCCCUUCUGAGCCUUGUCCUCGUCCACAGCCAAGUGUCAACCACUGCCCCUACUCUCACUUCUCAGGUGCUCUCUUACCUCCUCGAACAAACCAGCCGCGAGCUUCUCGAGGCGUUCCGCACCCGCCCAAGAUAUACCCUUGAGGCUCUGAUGCAAGCUACCCUGGACGUCGAAUUUGUUGCCCAGACGCUGAGCCAGUACACCACCGACCGCGCGUCGCAACUUCAGAGUGAGAUCUACCAGGAACUCGACGGACGUACCGACAACGAUGCCCGCGCACGGCUGCAGAGCGAGCUGCCGGAGAUGCGUAGCGUGUUGAAGCGGCUGCGUGAGGCGAGCAAGAACGAGUUCUCCUGCUUCAGAAAGAUCAAGCGUCCCGGCUUGGGGCCCUCAAGGACAGGCACAGCAGAUUCCAUCUCUAGCAUCACAAAAGGCUAG